AUGGAACAGACUCCCGACCCCUUCACCAACGGGCCUCGCAGUCACAGUUAUCACGCUCAGUGUGGCGAGGACAUGUCAUAUUCGCCCAGUCGCUCCACACAUCAUCUCACCAACGAUGCGUCGCACUACGCAACCGAGGACCCUGCGAGCUACUACCAUGAGACCUCUCUAGACUGGACACAGCCGCCGUUAGCUCAAACCACGAGCUUCGCGGACCAUGUUCCUGGCAACGAUGAGUACUUAGACGAAAACUUCAUCAAUACCGGCGACGAAAUGCCAGUAAACUCAUUCAACACCAAUGACGACGAUUUGUCGCGUCACACAACAGCCAUGACACCAGAGCCAGGCGUCCUGCUUCCUCACGUACUGCCCCCACAACCUCUAUCAUGUGACAGCCUUCCGGGGACGUCAGCCGUUGAAGAAGGAAUCUAUUCUGCGCCAUCCGAUGUUUCGGGCCUUUGGGGGUGGGGUGAACCAUCCUUCCCAGCUGUGCCGUCUUUUCUGCAGGACGAAGGGCCUUUCAGGGCAACGGCAAACGUCUUGGACGAAUCCGCCGUUCACCCCACCCAUGACACUGUCGCAGCCUUGACCCGGCGAAAGAGCAUCUUGAAAGCAGAUGGCACCACCACCAAGCAACGGGGUGCGAGCAGUCAGUCACGAGAACUGGUACCGUCCGCAAUCUGGGAGACGCACAAGGCCACCAUUCGGAUGCUGUAUUUGGAAGAGCGCAAGCCGCUGAAAGAUGUCAUCCGCAUCAUGCAUGAGCGUCAUGCCUUCCAGGCAACGUCAGUCUUCUUUUUACUGCAGUCCCGUGGUAUACUGACCCGACUCAGGCCCAAGAUGUACAAGACAAGAUUUUCUCAGUGGGGUUUCGCUAAGAACAACACCGAGAACGAAGUCAAACACCUCCUUUCGAUGAAGUUUGAAAGAGACGCAGAGGGAAAGGUCUCCGAAUUCAUCCGUAAUGGUAAGGUAGUGAACCUGGCAACCUACCUUAAACGGAAAGGCGUUACCGAGUAUGACCUUGUCGAUUUUGAGACGACAUCGCGGCUGCCUGCACACGUUCGGUGCCGUACGCCAUCGCCACCGCCAUCUCUAUCUCCCGGCUAUCUAAGGUCACCCGACCUCAUACGGGCGCAAGAGAUCCUCGUGGGCCAUAUGCGGAAGACUCUGAUCCAUUGCCAACAAAUAGAAUCCAGAUAUCCCCUCAAGAAUGGAUGGAGCUCCCUGCUCUUAUGGGGUGCCGAGUCGAGUGGCAUGCUUUAUCAAGCCGGCAAGCUCUUCGGGAGGAGUCAAGACAGCCAGGCCGGCGACCUACUUAUGCGAGCGUUUCAGCGUCUUGAGGUUGACCUCCAGCAUCUAUCAACGCAGGGCACUAAAGAGCUGCUCUUCUGUUUGUCACAUCAAAAUCCGGGCAUGACGAUAGCCCUAUCCAAGUAUCUCGCCGCAUACUCAAUGACGAACUUUGCACGGCUACACCCGCUACGUGUCAUCUUCUCUAGCCUAUACGAGGUACUUUGGAAACAUGGGCCUGCCGCCUUAUCUGAUCUGGUAUGGAGCGCGAUGCCUACGCUAGCUGAAGAACUCGAGACUAUUCAUGGACAGCAUUCCCCCCUAGCCGUUCGGACCUGGAUCGACCUAUGCAUCCUAUACAACCAUUCCAACCCGUAUCGCCUAUCCAACCUCUACGCCGAUUUGGGACGCCUGAACCAAGAUGACCGCAGCGCAGUGCAGGAGGAGUUCAUAGGCUUCAGCUAUGCGCGACUCCAGCUGGCUGCCUCCAUAGAUGUCAACGGCAUCGCCCAUCGCGCGCAGCUCGUAGAGCUCUGGAACUAUUGCGUCGCCGAUAAUAUCGUGUUUGGCGUGCACGGUCAGCCUGAGGUCUACUGCUGGCACCCCGUGUUGCAGGUUCAGCCGACAGUUUCACGCAUGCUGGAGCGGUACCGAGUGACCAUGAAGCAUGUUGAGGACAUCUUCGGCUGCAAGAUGAUCUGCGGCUACCCCCUCGAGCCUCACCCCACCAUCCACGCCGAUGAGACAGAUCCGCCCGAGAACUACCGUUUCCUGAAGAUACCGAUCUCUCUGAGUGAUUUGCGGCCGAUGGCGUCGCCUGCUUCUUCCGGCAAGAUCCUGGAGGAAUUGCAAACGUGA